AUGUCUGACACUGAAAACGACACUCAAUCCGAUGGAGAGCUCGCCGUUGAGGAGUACCAGUCAGGUGGAUCCGGAGCCUCGGCCACCUACCCAAUGCAAUGCUCUGCUUUGAGAAAGAACGGUCACGUCGUCAUCAACAAGCGUCCAUGCAAGAUUGUUGAGAUGUCUACCUCAAAGACCGGCAAGCACGGACACGCCAAGGUCAACAUCACUGCUAUCGACAUUUUCACUGGAAAGAAGCUUGAGGAGAUCUGCCCAUCCACCCACAACAUCGAUGUUCCACACGUCGCCAGAGCUGAGUACUCCCUCAUUGAUAUUUCUGAUGAUGGAUACCUCACCUUGAUGAAGGCUGAUGGCUCAAUGAAGGAGGAUUUGGUCUUGCCGGAUGGCGAGCUCGGAGUCGAUGUCAAGGCUGCUUUCGGUGGUGGCAAGGAGGUCUUGGUCAGCGUCAUCUCUGCCAUGGGCGAGGAGUCUGUCAUCUCCUUCAAGUUGCAAUAA